AUGGCACCCCGCACUAUUCUUAGCGCUACUACGCGUUCUCUCCGCACACCCAUGACCCUGUCGACGCGUCGUACCUUUGCAAUUACACAACGCAUGGGCAUUAAGGAAGAUGCCAACCGCAGCGCGGACCAGAUCGAGCAAGCCAAACAGGAACAGCUCAAGGAACAGCAACAGGGACAGGGGCGAUGGCGCGAGGAUCUAGCCAGCUCUGGCGAAAGCAAUAUUGCCGCUGACCGGCAACAAGUCGACAACCACGAAGCACACAUGAAAGAGUUGCAGCAGGAAGGCAAGAAAAGGGGGGAGAAGGGAGAAAUGUAG